CAAGAAAGAAAAGGAUAGUUGAUUGAGUUUAGUUAGUUUCCAGCUCAAACAUGGAAGGCAAGAAAGAGACGGUGAAGAAGACGGUUCCAUCACAACUCUCCAAUGUUGAUGUCAAACACUACUCUUCGCCUGAUGAGACCUUCUACGUCAAACUCACUGACUUGUUGGACUCUUCUGGAUACAAUCUCAUUUUGAAUGUCCGAGAAACAUCCUUGGACUUGUACCUCUUUUACUUGGAGGUUACCAAAAGAGGAGGUUAUCACCAGGUUGGUAAAGAAAAGAAAUGGGGUGAAAUUGUGUCUGCUCUUAAACUGGAAGGAAACAAUGCAAAGUUAUGUCUUCAACUUGAAAAGCUUUAUGCAAAGCUUCUAUACAAAUUUGAGAAACUUUACUUCUACACGUUCCCUGAUUCUCAAACUCCAACUGUCACCACCAAAGCUAAAAGGAAGCAGAGCUCAGCCACUUUUUUAUCCCAAUUAAUGGAUGAUAGAGAUUAUCAGACAACAGCAAAGAUAUCCAAGGACUACCCUAUCAAAAUGACAGCAAUACCUGAAGUGCUCCUACAAACACCACCAAAGGACAAAGAAAAGAAGAAAAAACAAGGUACUCCAAUAGGAAGAAGUGGAUAUCAAAUUUUCCUCAUGCGGGAAUGUGCGCGAUUAAAAGCUUCUCGUCUGGAUAUAGAUGGAAAAACAGUCAUGCGCAUGGCUGUCUAUGGAUGGAAUAACUUGUCAGACAUUGAAAAACAGCCAUAUUUGGAAGAAAGCAAGAAGAUAAAGGAACAAAAGAAGGUAGCAAUGAUCACUGGAAAUAAUAAACAGAAGAGCACUCAAGAUCUUAAGAAGGACGAAAAGAAGCCUAAUGAGUGUUGCGGUGACUACUACUCUGUAACUUUGCAGCCUCGAGCAAAUAACCCUCUUAUGAACAAUGCAGCAGUGGACUUGGCUUCUAAAAUCACAGAAAAAACAUCCAAAGAUCCCUUCAUAUUUGAUUUGGAUGCUCAUCGUUCCAUAGAUUUGGUAACCGGGAUAGCAGCAGGAGAACCCAAAUAACUGGACUAGUUAUUGGGAAAGUCUUUUAUGGUUUUUGAGGCAAUGCUAUUGCCUGUGGUUGUGCAUCAACUGGUUUUCCCUUUUUGUGACUCAAACCAAGCUAAGCUGCUGUGUAUUUAUAGUUUUGAAACAGCAGCAUCCUAGUGAAGUGAGUAUGCAUAUAAACCAUAUCUAUAACUUAAAAAGACCUGGGCUGUAAUGCAAAAUUUU